AUGGACGAGCCGCUUCAGUUCGUACCGUUUACCUCCGAGAUAGAGCUGCCGUUCUACUCGGCGCUCUUCUCGUCCAAGCUAGACUAUGACAAGCUCGACGACUCUGCGCGUGGGAUUUUGGGCGUGUACGAGCCGCGGGAGGUUGAUCCAGAUGCAAGCUGCAAGCUGCAGAUUCUCGGCAGCGCCUUGACAAACACAGACCCCCCUCUAGGAAAAGCAAGAGCUGAAGGCAUCAUCAAAAAUGUCAAUACCAUCGAAGAUUUCAGGAAGACCGACAAGGCCGCCAUGUUGAAGCUGGCAGGUAGACAGAUCUGGGACGCUAUCAAAGACGGCAGCAUCUACUCGGUCCCCUCGCUACUAUCUUCGUUCAUUAUACUGUCAUACGCCGAUCUCAAGAAAUACAGAUUUAUAUACUGGUGCGCGUUUCCAGCGCUGCACUCAGACGCGCAGUGGAAGCGAUCCGGCCCUAUCCAGCGCCUCACCUCGGACGAGACCACGGCCCUUAUGGACCGAGUGGGCACAUGGCGAUACAUUGUGGACAAACGUGAGCAUGGAUUCUUCUUGGCCAAGAAGAUCUGGGGGGAGAAGCCCAAGGAUUUAAGCGAAAACGACCCAGUGCACAAGAUUCCCUACAGAUGGGAGGUGGCGUCGCUGCGAAGUUUUGAGGAUGGCUUCUUUGACGGUGUUGCAGACGAGGAUCGAUUUGUUACAUUUUUGGACCCAUCCACGUUCUCCGAAGGCCCCUCAUGGCCGCUGCGCAACCUCCUGAUUCUGAUUCGCCAUCGGUUUCGCCUGUCUAAGAUCAAUAUUCUUUGUUUCAGAGAUGAAUGGUCCAGAAGGCAUGAAGCUAAAAGCAUCAUUAUACCUAUUACAAUGGACCCCGUUGAGGACAUGGAGAUUAAAGAGAUGCCCAAGGUUACAGGUUGGGAGCGAGCCAAGAAUGGCAAACUCCAAGCGCAGCUAGCAAACCUAGGCGAAUACAUGGAUCCAUCUCGGUUGGCUGAUUCUUCAGUCGAUUUGAACCUCAAAUUGAUGAAGUGGCGACUUGCCCCGGAUCUGAACCUCGACGUAAUCAAGACUUCAAAGUGCCUGCUGCUAGGUGCCGGAACUCUGGGUGGUUACGUCUCCAGAAACUUGCUGGGCUGGGGCGUAAGGAAAAUCACAUUUGUCGACUAUGGCAGCGUAUCCUUCUCAAACCCAGUUCGCCAGCCGCUCUUUGAGUAUGAUGACUGUCUCAACGGUGGAAAACAGAAGGCUACUCAAGCUGCCGAAAUGUUGAAGAGGAUAUAUCCAGGAGUAGAUGCUGAAGGCUACUCUUUCUCCGUACCGAUGCUCGGCCACCCUCUGACUGAUGAAGCGAAAACGAAAGCCGACUACGAUAUGCUCGAAUCCUUGAUUGAUGCCCACGAUGUCAUCUUCUUGCUGAUGGACACUCGCGAAUCCCGAUGGCUACCAACAGUGAUGGGAAAAGCAAGUGGGAAAAUUGUUAUGAAUGCUGCCCUUGGGUUCGACUCAUACGUAGUUAUGCGGCACGGCGCUGAGGCAGGGCAAGAAGGCCAGGAGCCUCUUGGAUGCUACUUUUGCAACGAUGUUGUCGCCCCAGCUGAUUCUAUGAAGGAUCAGACACUUGACCAGCAGUGUACCGUCACCCGACCUGGAGUUGCUGCAAUUGCCUCUGCACUCUUGGUUGAGCUUUUGACAAGCCUGUUGCAGCACCCGCUGAAGAACAACGCGCCAGCACCCCAACCAAGGCCAGGAGUCACCCUUGAAAGAGACCCCCCUAAUCAUCCGCUCGGCCUUGUGCCGCAUCAGAUCCGAGGCUACGUAUCUACCUUUCAGAACAUUGUGCUUCGUGGGCAAUCAUACGACAGUUGCAGCGCGUGUAGCCCCAAGAUUUUGGACGCCUUCCGCAACGACGGGUGGGGUUUUGUUAAGAAGGCUCUCCAAGAAAAGGACUACGUCGCUGAACUGUCCGGUCUCGCAGAAGUCCAGCGCAAGGCUGCAGAACUGGACGCCCAGUUGGACUGGGAUGAAGAUGAGGAGGGUGUUGAGGAGGGCGAUGGAGAAUUACUCUAA